AUGGGUCGUCUGUUGCUGUUUUUUGCUUUACUUCUAUGUUUUUCAACAUUUGUGAGUGCUGACUUCUUGAUAGAAGCCAUAAGAAACAUCCAGAAACGGAGCACUCAAGAGCCUGGUGGUAAAUUAGAGAUCUACAGUGUAAAUAUUGACAGUAAAGUGACAUCGCGCUUUGCACACAAUGUUAUUACAAGCAGAGCUGUUAAUCGAGCCAACAAAGCACAAGAAGUAUUCUUUGAUGUGGAUCUGCCCAAAACAGCUUUCAUCACAAACUUCAGCAUGACAAUUGAUGGAGUAACAUAUAAAGGAGUAAUUAAGGAUAAGGAAGUUGCUAAACAACAGUAUCAAAAAGCAGUAUCUCUCGGACAGACAGCUGGGCUUGUCAAGGCCUCUGGUAGGAAGACAGAGAAAUUUACGGUGUCAGUCAAUGUGGCAUCAGAGAGCAAAGUGACAUUUGAAUUGGUCUAUGAAGAACUGUUGAAGCGCAACCUAGGAAAAUAUGAAAUGUUUAUUAAGGUGAAGCCAAAGACACUUGUCAAUAAAUUCAAGAUUGACAUUGAUAUAUAUGAGCCUCAAGGAAUUACGUUUUUAGAUGCCGAUGCAUCAUUUGUAACAAAUUACUUAUGGCCAGUGAUUCAAAAAUCCUUCUCUGGAAAUAAGGGUCAUAUCUCCUUUAAUCCAACGAUUGACCAGCAGCGCUCAUGUCCAAACUGUGAAACCACUUUGCUGGAUGGAGAUUUUACUGUUACAUAUGAUGUCAAUAGAGACUCCCCUGGGAAUUUACAGGUUGUAAAUGGAUACUUUGUACAUUAUUUUGCUCCUUCCAAGAUCCCAGUGGUGCCAAAAAAUACAAUUUUUGUAAUUGACAGAAGUGGUUCAAUGUGGGGACAAAAGAUGAAGCAGACAAAAGAAGCCCUUCUUAAAAUACUACAAGACAUAAAAGAGCAUGAUCACUUUAAUUUUAUAUCAUUUGAUGGAGAGAUAGAAGUAUGGAAAGAGAAGUUAAUGCCAGCAACUGCACAGAAUGUUAAAGAGGCUAGAAUAUUUGUGAACUCUAUUUAUGAGCGGGGUUCUACAAACAUAAAUGACCCUUUAAUAAAAGCGAUUGAACUGCUGAAUAAAGCACAUGAAUUGAAAGAGGUACCAGAAAGAUCAACAUCUUUAAUCAUCCUUCUGACUGAUGGUGAAGCUAAUGUAGGUGAAACGGAUCCGGCAAGAAUUCAGCAAAAUUUAAAAAACGCUGGUCAAGGAAAAUAUACACUAUAUUGUCUUGGUUUUGGUUCUGGUGUUGACUAUUAUUUUCUGGAAAAACUGGCUCUAGAAAAUUCAGGUGUAGCACGUCGAAUUUAUGAGGACUCUGAUGCUGCCUUACAGUUGCAGGGAUUUUAUGAUGAAGUAGCAACCCCUACAUUGGUGAAUAUAGAACUACAAUAUCCUGAAAAUGCUGUAUCAGAUAUCACACAAAACAACUUUAAAAACUACUUUAAUGGUAGUGAAAUUGUGGUUGCUGGACGUAUUAUGGAUAAUGACCCGAAAACGUUUACUGCAGAUAUAAAGGCUGGAGGAGCAAAUGAUUUAAUAAAAUAUACAGAAAAUAUAGACCUCCAGAAUAAGGAUGAUGCUCUGAAACAACAAGAAUAUAUAUUUGGGGACUAUAUUGAGAGACUUUGGGCAUAUCUUACUAUCCAACAGCUGCUAGAAAAACGAAUUUAUGGUGAUCCAUCACAGAAACAAUAUUUAACAGAAAAAGCCCUUGAACUAUCGCUGAAAUAUAAAUUUGUGACUCAGUUGACAUCAAUGGUUGUUACUCGACCUGAAGAAAAAGAAGAUGAGCUGUUAAUAGCUGAUAAAUUUGUGGAAGGUCAGUCUGAUAGUUAUUAUCCCAUCAUCAGCUAUGUUCCAAGUGUACCUUCUACAAGCUUUGUUGAUUCUGACCCUCACUUCAUUAUUCGAGUGCCAAAGAAGAAUGACGCUCUCUGCUUUAAUAUCCAAGGGAAUGAAGGCAUGGUGUUCAGUCUUGUAAAUGACCCAACGCUAGGUAUUGCAGUAAAUGGGGAACUUAUUGGAAACAAGAAAACAAAUAACUCUAAAUUGUCAUCAAAUGAAACCUACUUUGGAAAACUUGGUAUUGUUAAUAAAAAAAUGGAUUUGCACAUAGAAGUGAAUACUCGGUUGAUCACCAUUAAAAAGGGCAAAAAGAAGAUGUCUUUCUCUUGGCUUGAAACCGCAUCUAUCAGUGAGGGAAGCCUAAAUGUGUUGAUCAACAAGAAAAAGAACAUGCUAAUUUCUAUGGGAGAAGGAGGAAAAUUUUUAAUUAUUCUACAUAAGGUUUGGAUAAAUCAUCCUCUGCACAAGGAUUUCUUGGGAUUUUAUACCUUGGACAACCAUAUGUUUUCACAGAAAGCACAUGGACUACUGGGACAAUUUUUUCAUGGCAUUGACUAUGAAGUUUUCAACAUUCAAAAAAACCCAUCAGAUUCUGCAAAACCUGAUGCUUCAAUGAUUGUAAAAAAUAAGCUGCUGACAGUGACAAGGGGUAUACAAAAGGAUUACAGAAAAGAUCCCAGGAACGGCAGUAAAGUACCAUGUUGGUUCAUUCACUAUAAUGGAGAGGGUCUGAUUGAUGGAAAUUACACAGACUACAUUGUUCCAAGCAUAUUCAGCAUUCAAUUAAUAUAGGAUAUGUUUCUAUGGUAAACCAGAAUUCAUGUUAGUUAUAGAAUUAAGCUAUAGCUGCUUGUUCCUUUUCUUUCUCACACUUACUAUUUCAUAGGAGCCAUAAUUGUAAAUAAUACAGUUUAAAUGCAGGUGAUAAUAUCACCUAUUUCUUACCUGAAUUACUGUAAAGUCUUUAAUAACAGAAAUUCUUACACCCCAGAAAAUAAAUAUAUUUGUCUCUAAUUAAACAUAUCAAGAAGCUUCUGUGUGACAUAAUUGUAAUGGUGUAAGGAGACAUUAAACUGUCAUGGUACAUAUUAAUGAUAAAUCAAAUUUCCCAUAUUCCAAAAACUUAAAUACACCUCUUAAUUGCUAAUACAUUAGACAUACACUACUAUACAAAAGUUAUAGGCGGGUUUGAAAAAGAGCUGUAAAGUAAGAUUGCUUUCAAAUACAGAAAUGUUAAAAGUUUAUUUUUAUCAAUAAAAAAUGCAGCAUGAGUAA